AGUAAAGACACAAACUGUUUUUGCAGGAAAAAGCCAAUCUUCCUUAAUUUCAUUUCACACCCUUUAUUUAUCUCCCCUCUUAAAAACUCCCUCUAAAAACUCCACUUCACAAAACUCUCUCACACUUCAUCAAUGGAGGAUUCUACACUGAACUCACAUCUCUCACCUUACACCCUUCUUUUCAAAGCUCUAUCUCUAAUACCCUUUACUCAUUAUCUUCUCUUCAUUCUAAUCACACUCUCAAUCAUCCUCUACAACUUCCUAGAAAUUCAUUUCUUUCAUGAUUUAUUGUUCACCUUCUUUAAUGGUGAUCCUGUCACUCUCACAUGUAAUUUUUCAUCUCAGCUUUAUCAAUCUGUUGGUUCUAAGUGCAAGGUUCUUCAUGGAAGGUUUUCUUCAACUCCUUGGCUGUGUAGUCCUCAUCUUCAAACUGGUUUCUUGAGUUUUUGUGGGAAUUCUCCCGAUUUUGUUUAUAAAAGGCGUUUGUUUAAGGCUAGUGAUGGAGGAACAAUUGCUUUGGAUUGGCUUAGUUAUUCUGAUAUUGUUGACCAAGGUGUUUCUUAUAAGAGUGAUGAUGUUCUACAAGACGAUAAGGCUCCGAUUGUGAUAGUGAUUCCUGGAUUAACUAGUGAUUCUGCUUCUGCUUAUAUAAAGCAUCUCGUUUUUGCAAUGGCAAAGAAGGGUUGGAAUGUGGUUGUAAGUAAUCACAGGGGAUUGGGAGGCGUAUCAAUGACUUCUGAUUGCUUCUAUAAUGCUGGGUGGACAGAGGAUUUACGAAUUAUCAUUGAUCAUGUUCAUUGUCUAUAUCCAGAAGCUCCCCUAUAUGCUGUUGGAACUAGCAUUGGCUCCAAUAUUUUGGUAAAAUAUCUUGGAGAGGAUGGAAUUAAUGUUCCUCUUGUUGGUGCUGCUUCUAUCUGCUCUACUUGGGACCUUUUGAUAUGCGACAGGUUCAUCAAUCGUAGACUUGCACAGAAAUUUUAUAAUAGAGUGCUAGCUACUGGCCUUCAAGGUUUUGCGCAGUUGCAUCAUUCCAUCUUGUCUCGUUUAGUAGAUAGCGACAUCCUCAAGCUGUCUCGGUCAGUAAGGGACUUUGACAAGCAUGCUACUCGAGUCCUUGCCAAGUAUGAGACUGUGGAUACGUAUUACAGGCGUUCUAGCUGUGUGAAUGUUUUGGGUAAUGUAUCAGUGCCUCUUAUUUGUGUGAGUGCCCUGGAUGACCCAGUUUGCACGAAGGAAGCCAUCCCAUGGGAUGAGUGUAGGGCAAAUGAGAACAUUAUCCUGGCUACCACAGAGCACGGAGGGCAUCUAGCAUACUUUGAGGGCAUAACUGCAAAUAGCAUAUGGUGGGUGAGAGCUGUUGAUGAAUAUUUUGAUGUCCUUCACUCUAGCCCAUUGAGAAACAGAAGAAAGAAGGCGGAAGCAUCCAGCUUGCCUGUUCCGCAUGAAUCUUCAAUCGAUCAAGCGCCUUACGUGAAUGUCACAGAUGGUGGGAUGGUAACUGCAAUAGGCGGCAACACACAAGCUGAUGAAGCAGAAGAGGAACAUGAGGAUGCUAUUAGAAAGGAUGAAGAACCCGUUUCCGAGAUAGAAAACAGCGCUAACAAGACGGAAAAAACAGAUUCAAGAAUUGAUCUGAAACGGCCAUCAGUUCAAAAUCUGAAUGAUCUGUUUGUUUUUGUAAAAAGAAACUUAGUUCAGCUUGGACGACAGAGUAGAGUUUCAAUCUGGCUGCUUGCAUACAUUGCUGUCGUAACAACUUGGCCAGUGAUGGGUUCAUCUAUUUUCUUGUUCAUCAAGAAAAGGUUCAAGAACAUCAAUACUCCUUCAAGACUGCUCAGAAGAUAAGAUAGCACACAAAAUCAGGUUCUUUAUUUGUUUUUAUUUUUUACCAUACAAAUUGUAGACAUUUGAUGGAUUAUGUCAUUAUAAUUUUGUCAGAAUAAAGCCAAGUUGUACCAGUUUCGAAACCAUAAUAAAUAUGCCAAUUUCAGCUCA